AUGGCGGCUGCCGACAUAAUCAAUGUCCCCCAUCUCUGGGGGAUUGAUGUAGGAUACAAGAUGUCUAAAGGAUUUGACCCUUCGAAACCGACCUGUGUUCUGAUAAACUCGUUUACGACAAGUAGUCUACUCUACCAAUCCGAGUUGCAGAACCCAGAGCUGACCAACAUCAUGAACCUUGUCGCAAUUGAGCCUCUAGGCCACGGGAAAACGCGAUCAAAAGUCGAGAACUUCACAUUCUGGGAUACGGCUAUUAUGAACCUUCAAGUAAUGGAUGCUCUGGGAAUCAAAAAGGCAUUUGCUAUGGGCACCAGUCAGGGCGGAUUCAUCGCGGCAAGAAUGGCACUUCUGGCUCCGGAUCGAAUUGAAGGCAUCAUACCACUCGGAACUACAAUGGAUUCGGAGUCUCAGCACACCCGAGACCUUGGUUGUUAUGAUGCGUAUGAUUCUUACAUGCGCUUCAUCAACAGGUGGACCUCUGCGGAACCUACGCCAAAUUGGGUAGUGGAAGACGACUUUUGCGCUUUGAUUUGGUAUCUGGGAUUUGGCAAAGACUGCCCAGAAGAAACCAAAGUGUACUGGAGGAACAUUCAGAAGGGCAACUAUUGCGGCGACGACGGACGCAAGAGGUUGAGGACAUCCAUAAUAAAUGUCCUAGAGAGGGACGGACUGCACUGCAGACUGCCAGACAUUCGCUGCCCAGUUCUCUGGAUCCACGGUUCUGAAGACGUACCUUUCUCGUAUAAGGUGGCAGAAGAGGAGAUCAAGCUAUUCAAGAAUUCAAAGAGUGCGGAACUUCAUAUUAUCAAGGGCGGUGGCCACUACCUCAAUGCUACACAUCCAAAAGAGAUUGCAAAGAAACUGGCCGAGUUUGUCCAAAAAUAUAGUAAGACAUAG